ACAAAAUCCCUCCAAUUCUCAUCGCCAGCACCGUCGAUUUGCUAUAGGGUUUGAGUUUGUCUCUUUUGGUAAUAUAACGAUGUCGCUGAGGCCGAACGAGAGGGCCGAGGUUCGGCGGAACCGGUACAAGGUCGCCGUGGAUGCCGAUGAAGGUCGGAGAAGAAGGGAGGACAAUAUGGUUGAGAUUCGGAAGAAUCGCAGAGAGGAGAGCCUGCAGAAGAAGAGGCGUGAAGGUCUUCAAGCCCAGCAACUGCAAACUUCCGCUCACUCUUCGGUGAUGGAAAAGAAGUUGGAACAUCUACCAUCCAUGGUUGCGGGUGUUUGGUCUGAUGAGGGUAAUAUGCAACUUGAAGCGACCACUCAAUUUAGGAAACUGCUUUCAAUUGAGCGUAGUCCCCCGAUUGAAGAAGUUAUACAGUCGGGAGUUGUUCCUCGCUUUGUAGAAUUUCUCAUGAGAGAGGACUUUCCACAGCUUCAGUUUGAAGCUGCUUGGGCUCUUACAAAUAUCGCUUCAGGAACAUCAGAAAACACUAAGGUCGUCAUUGAUCAUGGUGCUGUGCCAAUUUUUGUGAAACUUCUUGGUUCUCCAAGUGAUGAUGUCCGGGAGCAGGCUGUUUGGGCAUUAGGAAACGUUGCUGGGGAUUCUUCAAGAUGUCGUGAUCUGGUUCUUGGUCAUGGAGCAUUGCUUCCUUUACUAGCACAGUUGAAUGAGCAAGCUAAGCUUUCUAUGCUGAGAAAUGCUACCUGGACGUUAUCAAAUUUCUGCAGGGGCAAGCCGCAACCCGCUUUUGAUCUGGUUAAGCCAGCACUUCCAGCUCUUGCACGUCUUAUACAUUCAAAUGAUGAAGAAGUUUUGACUGAUGCUUGUUGGGCACUCUCAUACCUCUCUGAUGGUACGAACGACAAAAUUCAAGCUGUUAUCGAAGCAGGUGUAUGCCCUCGGCUCGUUGAGCUCUUAAUGCAUCCAGCUCCUUCAGUCCUCAUUCCUGCCCUUCGAACUGUUGGAAACAUUGUUACGGGCGACGACUUGCAAACUCAGGUUAUAAUCCAUCAUAAUGCCUUACCUUGCCUGCUAAAUUUACUGACUAAUAAUCAUAAGAAGAGCAUCAAGAAAGAGGCUUGCUGGACUGUAUCAAAUAUAACGGCCGGGAACAAGGCACAGAUUGAGGCCGUAAUAAAUGCCAAUAUAAUUGCUCCCCUUGUUCAUCUGCUUCAAAAUGCCGAAUUUGAUAUUAAGAAAGAGGCUGCAUGGGCAAUCUCAAAUGCCACAUCUGGAGGUUCUCAUGAACAGAUCAAGUACCUAGUUAGUCAAGGGUGUAUUAAACCCCUGUGUGAUCUUCUAAUUUGCCCUGAUCCUAGGAUCGUCACGGUUUGUUUAGAAGGACUUGAAAAUAUCUUGAAGGUAGGAGAAGCUGAAAAGAACACGGGCGAUACAGGAGGCGUAAAUGUCUAUGCACAAUUGAUUGAUGAUGCUGAGGGGCUAGAGAAAAUUGAGAAUCUACAGAGUCAUGACAACACUGAAAUUUAUGAGAAGGCAGUAAAGAUCCUUGAGACCUACUGGUUGGAAGAAGAAGAUGAGACUAUGCCACCAGGUACUGCUUCAGAAGCUGGAUUCAGCUUCGGUGGCGAUCGGCCUGUUGUACCAUCUGGGGGAUUCAACUUCGGCUAAGAAGGUUUCCCUGGGGGUUAUUUUGAUGGCAUCUCCAGUCACAUCGGGUCGAGUCAGGUCAGGUCAGGUCAGGCGUCUUAUGUUGUUGUUUGGCUAUGCUUAUCCUAGUCUCAGUUGUUAAUUAGAGUGUAGCUGGACUGGCUCAGAUGUCUUUUUUUUACAUGAGACGGUGGAAUAUAUAUUAUUGGCAAUAUAGUUUCCACAGGUCUGAGAAAUCGAAUCGAUUUCGUUUGGCAAACUGUGAUUUGUUAUUGUUUUUUUUCAUAGUAGUUGUCAACUUCCUGUCAUAAACAUGGAGUCUAAGCAUUGUUUUUCUUUACAUUACCACUCUCUUAUCAUUUUUUUG